CCCAGAUCACAUCCUUGCACCGUCUGGAUUAGAGCUGAGGCAUCUGCGAACCGAGCGUGGCCGCGGCGCUCUGGCCCGGGGACCAUAGCGCUGUCUACCCAGACUCAGCAGCGUCCAAUUCACUGCUGCCACCAAGACACCCACUGUGCUCUUCAUCAGUUUACCUUGAUGCGCUGGUGAAGAAGGGGGGCUCGAAUUAUCCUAGAAACGCCUCCAGGGCGUGGAGGUGGUCGUGGAGGACCAGGAGGAGGCGGCGGAGGGGAAGGAGGCGGGAGUGCAGGCGGCGAAGGUGUUGGACCGGCGGUGUCGGCGAGCGGACCCAGCCGCGAGGGGCAGGCGUCGGGCGCGUACGCGGUGAGCUGCAGAGCCGGCUGCAGGACCGGCGUGCGAACGCGGCUGGCAGGCUGUGCACCGCGUCCUCAGCACGAUGGUCCGGCUCCUCUUGGUUUUCUUCCCAGCGAUCUUUUUAGAGAUGUCCCUUCUCUCCAGAGGCCCCGACAGGAAAGUGUUGCUGGCGGGAGCCUCUUCUCAGCGCUCAGUGGCCAGAAUGGACGGAGAUGUCAUCAUUGGGGCCCUCUUCUCAGUCCAUCACCAGCCUCCAGCCGAGAAGGUGCCCGAGAGGAAGUGUGGGGAGAUCAGGGAGCAGUAUGGUAUCCAGAGGGUGGAGGCCAUGUUCCACACAUUGGAUAAGAUCAACGCGGACCCAGUCCUCUUGCCCAACAUUACCCUGGGCAGUGAGAUCCGGGACUCCUGCUGGCACUCCUCCGUGGCUCUGGAGCAGAGCAUUGAGUUCAUCAGGGACUCCCUGAUUUCCAUUCGAGAUGACAAGGAUGGGCUCAACCGGUGCCUGCCUGAUGGCCAGUCCCUCCCCCUAGGCAGGACUAAGAAGCCCAUUGCGGGCGUGAUCGGCCCGGGCUCCAGCUCCGUAGCCAUCCAAGUGCAGAACUUGCUUCAGCUCUUCGACAUCCCCCAGAUCGCAUAUUCCGCCACAAGCAUCGACCUGAGUGACAAAACUUUGUACAAAUACUUCCUCAGAGUUGUCCCUUCCGACACUUUGCAAGCGAGGGCGAUGCUUGACAUAGUCAAACGUUACAACUGGACCUAUGUCUCUGCAGUCCACACGGAAGGGAACUACGGGGAGAGCGGAAUGGAUGCUUUCAAAGAGCUGGCUGCCCAGGAAGGCCUCUGCAUCGCUCAUUCAGACAAAAUCUACAGCAAUGCUGGGGAGAAGAGUUUUGACCGCCUCCUGCGCAAGCUCCGAGAGAGGCUUCCCAAGGCCCGAGUGGUGGUCUGCUUCUGCGAAGGCAUGACGGUCCGAGGCCUCCUGAGCGCCAUGCGGCGCCUGGGCGUGCUGGGCGAAUUCUCCCUCAUUGGAAGUGAUGGAUGGGCAGACAGAGAUGAAGUCAUUGAAGGUUAUGAGGUGGAAGCCAACGGGGGAAUCACGAUAAAGCUGCAGUCUCCAGAGGUCAGGUCAUUUGAUGAUUAUUUCCUGAAGUUGAGGCUGGACACUAACACGAGGAAUCCCUGGUUCCCUGAGUUUUGGCAACAUCGGUUCCAGUGCCGCCUACCAGGACACAUUCUGGAAAAUCCCAACUUUAAAAGAAUCUGCACAGGCAAUGAAAGCUUAGAAGAAAACUACGUGCAGGACAGUAAGAUGGGGUUUGUCAUCAAUGCCAUCUACGCCAUGGCACACGGGCUGCAGAACAUGCACCACGCCCUGUGCCCAGGCCACGUGGGCCUCUGUGAUGCUAUGAAGCCCAUUGAUGGCAGCCAACUCCUGGACUUUCUCAUCAAGUCCACGUUUGUCGGUGUGUCUGGAGAGGAGGUGUGGUUCGAUGAGAAAGGGGAUGCUCCUGGAAGAAAAAUAGAAGAGGAGAAUGAAUACCACCGGUCUUUGUUCCAGCUGUCCCUUCUGCCAAGAACACUCUUCUACCAGUAUGAGAACAAGUCCUUACCUGACAUAGAACACUUUCUGGAGAACCCACCUUUAAAGCAUAUGAAAUAUCUUAUGUUACAGGUCAUACGUAAAGGAGAAGUGAGUUGCUGCUGGAUUUGCACAGCUUGCAAAGAGAAUGAGUAUGUGCAAGAUGAAUUCACCUGCAAAGCUUGUGACUUGGGGUGGUGGCCCAAUGCAGACCUAACAGGCUGUGAACCCAUUCCUGUCCGCUAUCUUGAGUGGAGCAAUAUAGAAUCCAUCAUUGCCAUCGCCUUCUCCUGCCUGGGAAUCCUUGUCACCUUGUUCGUCACCCUCAUCUUUGUGCUGUAUCGGGACACACCCGUCGUCAAGUCCUCCAGUCGGGAGCUCUGCUACAUUAUCCUAGCUGGCAUCUUCCUCGGCUACGUGUGCCCUUUCACUCUCAUCGCCAAACCUACCACUACAUCCUGCUACCUCCAGCGCCUCCUGGUUGGCCUCUCCUCUGCCAUGUGCUACUCUGCUUUGGUGACCAAAACCAAUCGCAUUGCGCGCAUCCUAGCUGGCAGCAAAAAGAAGAUCUGCACCCGGAAGCCCAGGUUCAUGAGUGCCUGGGCCCAGGUGAUCAUUGCCUCAAUUCUGAUUAGUGUGCAGCUAACUCUGGUGGUGACUCUGAUCAUCAUGGAGCCCCCUAUGCCCAUUCUGUCCUACCCAAGUAUCAAGGAAGUCUACCUUAUCUGCAAUACCAGCAACCUGGGUGUGGUGGCCCCUGUGGGCUACAAUGGACUCCUCAUCAUGAGCUGUACCUACUAUGCCUUCAAGACCCGCAACGUGCCCGCCAACUUCAACGAGGCCAAAUAUAUUGCCUUCACCAUGUACACCACCUGCAUCAUCUGGCUGGCUUUUGUGCCCAUUUACUUUGGGAGCAACUACAAGAUCAUCACUACCUGCUUUGCAGUAAGCCUCAGUGUAACGGUGGCCCUGGGGUGCAUGUUCACUCCCAAGAUGUACAUCAUUAUUGCCAAGCCUGAGAGGAAUGUCCGCAGUGCCUUCACCACCUCUGAUGUAGUCCGCAUGCACGUUGGUGAUGGCAAGCUGCCCUGCCGAUCCAACACCUUCCUCAACAUCUUCCGAAGAAAGAAACCAGGGGCGGGAAAUGCCAAUUCUAAUGGCAAGUCUGUGUCAUGGUCUGAACCAGGUGGAAGACAGGUGCCCAAGGGACAGCAUAUGUGGCACCGCCUCUCUGUGCAUGUGAAGACCAAUGAGACGGCCUGCAACCAAACAGCCGUCAUCAAGCCCCUCACUAAAAGUUACCAAGGCUCCGGCAAGAGCCUGACCUUCUCAGAUACCAGCACCAAGACCCUUUACAACGUGGAGGAGGAGGAUGCCCAGCCGGUGGGCUUCAGCCCUCCCGGCAGUCCUUCCAUGGUGGUGCACCGACGCGUGCCCACCGCGGCCAGCAGCCCGCCCCUGUCGCCCCACCUGACCGCAGAGGAGACCCCCCUCUUCCUGGCCGGCCCGGCUACCCCCAAGGGCUUGCCCCCUCCCCUCCAGCAGUUGCCGCCGCCGCCGCAACCGGCGGAAUCCCUGCUGGACCAGCUGCAGAGCGUGGUCGCCAACUUCGGUCCCGGGAUCCCGGAUUUCAGCGCGGUGCUCGCCGUCCCCGGGGGUCCGGGGAGCGGGCUGCGGUCCCUGUACUCGCCCCCGGCGCCCCCGCAGCACCUGCAGAUGCUCCCGCUGCAGCUGAGCACCUUCGGGGAGGAGCCCGCCUCCUCCCCAGCGGAGGACGAGCACGACAGCGAGAGGUUCAAGCUGCUGCAGGAGUACCUGUACGAGCAGGAGGGCCACACGGAGGAAGACGAGCUGGAGGAGGAAGAGGAGGACCUGCCGGCGGCCAGCAAACCGACCCCAGAGGACUCGCCCGCGCUGACGCCGCCGUCGCCCUUCCGCGACUCGGUGGCCUCGGGCAGCUCGGUGCCCAGCUCCCCCGUGUCCGAGUCAGUGCUCUGCACCCCGCCCGACGUCACCUACGCCUCCGUCAUCCUGAGGGACUACAAGCAAAGCUCCUCCACCCUGUAGGGAGGCGGGGUCCGCAGGGAACAGCAGGGGCCGCCGGGGCGCCGGAGCGCCGGCGGGGCGUGCGGAGGGCGGGGGCAGGGGCCUGCG